CGGGCCAACAGGGCCAGCCCUCGGCACCUCCUCCGUCUGGCGCAACAUCUGAAGACAUUCACCAACUAAACCGCAUCGCCGUCGCGGGCUUGGGCAUGCCGAAACACCAACAUGACGAUGACGGAUAUCCCGGAGUAAAUAGGGGUAUCAUAACAAAAGUCGAGCCCCCUCAUGGCCUCCCCAUGCUUUCGUAACUUUUCUUCUCUUCUUCUGCUGUUGGAAAUGCUAGGGCAUUUGCGGGAUCGGGUUAUGGCGUUCAAUUGGAUUUCCGGCGAAUUUGUGUCUGCUGCUUUACGAUACAUUUACUCUUUAUGUGUUCUGAUACAGGCUAUGUUUAUAUCUGACUUAUCAAGCCUUUUCUGUGUUCUGUUCGUUUUAUAUUCAAGACAUGAGCCUAUCCAACAAUCUCGUGUCAUCCCUCUUUUCAAGGCAUGGAACAGACUAAGUAUAUUUAUUCAUGAGUCAUCAAAUCAUGAUUGCCACUACCUAUCAUGGGCACAUGUACAUGUAAUCUGGGGCCCCUCUCGGCACUCGCCGAGCAAAGUGGAGAUUCACUAUAAAUUAAACAAAUUAAGAGCUGUGCUGCGCUGUGCUGUAGCUGACGUGGGUCAUGCGGCGUUUUUACCAUUGGUUUGCACAUUUCGUCACUUUUCCAUUUUUUCUGUUUCUCUUCUAAAUCCACUGGCCAGCUGAAACGGUGUCAUCUGGCAGCUACUUGGUACCAGGCAGCUCUGCUUCAUUCAUUCUAUGAGCGAAUAACACGUGAGCCAGACAUGACGGAAACUCUCGUUGAUUUAAUGCCUAGCAAUAUCAGAUAUAUAUUCCUGUGUCUGUGCUGAGAUCGUGAGAAAGAGCUUGGACCACCUUAAUACCUGUUCAUCUGGGGUGAGUGCAUCGAAGAUAGCGCUGCAUGAAUCUCUAGUACCACUAUAUUACU